AUGACGCCGCCAACUCCUCCAGUCCAGCUAACCGGGCAUGCCGCGCGAGCCGUUAUCUCGACGGAGCGAAGGGUCCAGAUAUGGGACCAGUUCUACAUCAGCUUCAAGGAGACCAUUCCGCCCAACCAGUGGUGCACGAGACAGGAGCUGGUCACGGCGGCGUGCAGCGGCACAACCGGGGUCAAGUUUACGGUCGACGAACUGACCGAGGUCAUCAGAGGGCGGAAACACAAGAGGGAAGCCGGCAUCGACAGCCAAAAGGUCGACGGGGAAUGGCUCUACAGCCCGGCGGCGAAGACCCCGCCGGGGCCGGGAGCGGCGGCGGCGGCGGCAUCUGCGGCGGCGGGGGGGUCGGCGGCGUCGGCGUCCCGCAAGCGCGCCUCUCCCUCGGGAGGAGUGGAUCCCAUGACCACGCGCCUUCGAUCGGGAGCUAAGAAGGCUCGCCCGUCCCCUCGGGCCCGCAGCGGGAACUCCGACAGGAACGGCCAGAAGGGCGGCGGCGCGGGGUUGGGGGGCGGUUUGUUCAGAUUCGGAGGCGGCGGAGUCGGGGCGGCGGACGAGGAAGGGGGCGGCUGGAGCUGCGCGGUGAUGUAAUUUGACGACCGGGGGGGGGGGGGGGAUGCUGGACGGGUUUGCGUUGCGUGCUGCUUGCUACGGCUUCUGUGUGCCCGUCCGAAGGGGAGAGGGGGAAGCGUUUUGGCGACAGGUUCCUUAGAGUAAUGGCCCGACACGCGUCGUGCGUUGAACAAGAGUGUCGAAAGAAGGACUGGACGAUUUCUGGAAGCAGGCGGGGGGAGUGCUGUGUACGUAGUGUAUGCGGUUAGUCAUAUAGAUUCGGUCGUUGUUGCUGUAGUUAGGUGUAGUUUUAAGGUUUGACACGCAGGGAGAGGGUUGGUUGCUAUCCUUUUUUUUUGUUCCAGCUUCAACCGCGAGCCAGCCUCACUUUUUCCUGAAGCCCGCAUACUAAUGUACAUGCUUGCUUGCUGAUUACCAUGUACAUGCUUGCUGCUUGCCAUAGUCGGUGGUGACCGUUGCACCAUUGCGAAGCGCAAUCUUGCUAUAAUAUCAGGCGGCUUAGCCUUUUCCUUUUUUCAUGUCUGGGUCUAAAGGGCGUUGUGUACGUUUCAAGGAUAUGUUAUUUUUUUUCUACGCACCUCUUCAUUAAGGUGUUCCAUUCCGCGAUCAUUUACCGCGGAUCUGUAAACUUCGGGAUUUGAGCUGUGCCAACUUGAUAUCUCGCUUGUGCUUGCGACUCCCGCCCGUGCCAUGACUUGUAGAAGUAGCAGUAGAACACACCACGCUGUAGCGCCGGAACCUUUUAAGCGGCGCGGAUCAAUCGCGCCCAACAGCAUCCGAGCAGAAGCGGGGGAAAUGCUGGCUUUAAGUGCAUCAAUGGCUUGCAGAGAGUAAGAUACCGUGUCUCGUAAUAAGGUGGUGGGUGCACGGUUCGUCAGAUUGAUCAUGUGUCUCCUGUCGGCUUGGGGAGUUUGGGUGUUGGAUGGGUGACUCAGACAUGCCAGUGAUGCAGCUGCGGCGUGCGUUGCGUCGCGCUACUUCAAUAAUUUAGGAGUUCGGCGCGCGUGUGUGACGCAUUUGGCCGGGGGUGGGGAGGGGGGGGGGGGGCAGGAAGGCUGGAGCAGGAAAUGCGUAUUCCCUUCUUUCGGCGGGCGUUGUUUGUUUGUUUAUUUAUUUUUUGUUUUUUUUGCCGGAGACGGCGUUAACGGGCGGGUUGAGGGAUCGCUUUUCAAGUUACUUUUCCUCUUUUCUGGGACCGGUGUUGAUACCCGCGUCUCUUUAGAUCGAAAUCGCUAAAAGUUUGAUGUU